AUGAGCAGGCCAAAACCAAAGACCCGAUUCCACGUUUGCUGCGGCCUGACGCUCCUGUGCCUGGUGGUCAUUAUUGUGGUGAUCUGCGUCUUUGCCUCGAGGUCCAAGUGUCCACCCGGCAGCUAUCACCGCGCUGCAGUGGCCGCAGACUCAGAGACAUGCUCACAAGUAGGAAGAGACAUUCUGCAGAGCGGUGGCUCGGCGGUAGAUGGCGCCAUUGCUGCGCUUCUUUGCACCUCACUCGUUAACCCGCAGAGCAUGGGCAUCGGAGGGGGGGCGACCUUCACUGUCAUGGAUAGCGCGGGUAAUGUGAAAAUUAUCUCUUCGAGAGAGACUGUUCCUCAGAUUUUUCAACCGGAUCUGCUGAAAUCCUGCCCUAAUCCUUUCAGAUUUAUGUCAGGCCCUGAAUGGAUCGGGGUCCCAGGAGAAAUCCGGGGCUAUGAGCUGGCUCACAGUCUGUAUGGGAAGCUGCCGUGGGCCACUCUGUUUCAGCCGACCAUCAAACUUGCCAGAGAAGGGCUGAAAAUUUCCCAUGUGGUUGAACAAUACAUACCAUAUAUCAACAAGAGUUUUCCCCUCUAUAAAAUGUUCACAGAUGCAAAGGGGAAUGCACUGAAAACUGGCGAUGUUGUGAAAUUUGAGAAGCUGGCUGAUACAAUGGAGGCGAUCGCUGACCAUGGUCCUGAUAUCUUUUACACUGGAAAGAUUGCAGAAGAUCUGAUCAGUGACAUACAGGAGGCAGGCGGUACUCUGACACUGCAGGAUUUGGCUUCAUUCAAAGCGUCAUUAUCGGAUGCGUGGGUUGUUCCUUUUCAAGACUUCAAAAUGUACAUUCCACCACCACCUGCCGGAGGCGCAGUCCUUGCCCUGGUCCUCAACAUCCUAAAAGGUUAUAACUUGAAUGCCAAAUCUGUAACGCUUGAAGAACAGACGUUGGCAUAUCACCGAUACAUUGAGGCUUUUAAGUUUGCCAAUGGAUUUAAAAAGCACAUUCAAGACCCAAACAUGACUUCAGACAAAAUUUUGAAGACGUUUAUCCAAGACAGUUUUUCAGAUCACAUCAGGACUUUGAUCAGUGAUAGGACCCAUGGAGCCGAGUACUACAACAUGACCUCCGCUCUGGACUCUAUGGGGACAACACACCUCUCCGUCCUGGCGGAGGAUGGGUCUGCAGCUUCUGUUACCAGCACCAUCAACCACAUAUUUGGCUCACAAGUCUUCUCUUCAAAAACCGGAAUCAUAUUAAACAAUCAGCUGGUAGAUUUUUGUGAAAACACUGAUAGAAUCCAUGCGGGAGAUCAGCCGCCCUCUCAUGUUUCACCCACUCUGCUCAAGUCUCAAUCCCGGACACUGGUGAUUGGUGCAUCCGGAGGGAGCCACAUCUUAACGGGUAUCGCCUCGACUCUCAUGAAUCACUUCAUGUUUGGAAAAAGCCUCAAGGCGUCAAUAGACGCCCCUGUGGUUGCGGUGAAAAACAUCCAACCUCUGUUUGAGAAAAACUUUGAUCAGGCUGGGAGCACGUUCUUUAAUGUGGUGAAUGCCGUGGAGAAGGACGGUGACUGCAUCUGCGCCGUGUCUGACUCCAGGAAAAAGGGGAAAGCAGCUGGAUACUGA